AUGGCCACAUCUUCAUCUGGAGACACAACCGCUGAUUCACCUUCAACUGUACGGCCAGUGUCUUCAUAUUGGGAAUGUGUUGAAUGUCAUAGUUAUAAUCCAUCAGCACGUCGAGCAUGUAAAGCAUGUCGUCGCCUUCGUCAAGAUUUACUUGAUCAAUGUCUUAAAGACUCUAAACCGGAAUCAACCAGUGUCGAACCAAAACCAACUCGAAUAGCAACAAAUCAUAUUGAAUCAAAUUCUUCUGCACCUACAACAACGAAGCCACCACCAAAUUGGUAUUGUGUUAUUUGUUCACAUCAUAACUGUAAGAAUGAUUCAGCACCGACAUGUGCUGGUUGUGGAAGUAUCUUUAUGACAAAUGUUGAAUAUCUUAAUUUUGUACAUGAACAAGAAAAACAAUUGUUACGUUAUCAAGAAGAUUCAAAAGCAUUCCAAGAAGAUUUACGUCAACAGGCAACUGCUGCUUAUUACAAAAAUAGUGAUGAAUUCGAAUGUAUUAUUUGUUAUGAAUUGACUGGAAAAAAUAAAGGUGUCUUAUUUCAUCAUUGUUUGCAUCCUAUGUGUAAACGUUGCGUUUUACAAAUGAUUGAAACAAGUACGGAACCAUUGCUGCGAUGUCCACAUGAUGAUUGCAUUACUAUAAUCGGUGAAAGAGAAUUGCGUGGUAUUGUGAAAGAUAUGAAACGUGAUCAAAAAAUAGUUGAUAGAUUAAAUGAAAUCGGUGUACGUUGGGCUGAAAGUCGGCAUAAAACUUUUCAUUGUAUUACGCCCGAUUGUAAUCAAUGGUGGUUCAUUGAGCAACUGCAAGGAAAUAAUAUUGUCUACUGUGAUGGAUGUAAACAUUGGAUUUGUAUGACCUGUGUAGCUGUCCAUGAGGGUCAAAAUUGUCUUGAAUAUCAAGAAGCUCUUAAAAUUAGAGCUAUGAAUGAUAUAACAGCUCGUAAAGAUCAAGAACAUUUAGAAGAAAUGAUCAAACGAAGAGAAGCGAUGCACUGUCCUGGUUGUCAAGUAAUUAUACAAAAAUUAUCCGGCUGUGAUUGGUUACAAUGUACACAGUGUAAAAUGGAAAUUUGUUGGCCAACUCGUGGUCCUCGAUGGGGUCCUGGUGGUCGUGGCGAUACAUCAGGUGGAUGUCGAUGUCGAUUAAAUAAAGGCAAAUUGUGUUCAAAAGACUGUCAAAAUUGCCACUAG